UUAAAGUUGGAAUUCUAGCGCUUGAUCACCUGAAAGAUUUACAAAUUAUACAAGAGAACAGUUUUCUGAUAUUGAUUGUUUUUCUUCGUUUGACACAUUCAACGAAUUGUUGCGGUUUCGUACAAAUGCCGACAAUAUGAGCACCUCCAAGCGGGACGGAUCUGCGUCCCGGUCUAAACCUCCAUCAGCCAGCAAGUCCUCCACUCAGACACCAACCAAGAUGAAGGAUUCCAAGUCAGACAAUUCUGGUCUGUCUUCUGUGAAAAAGCAGGCACUGAAUGGACAGGGGAUUGACUCCCCUUUAAAUAAAAACUUUCUGAGUAAAAGCCAGGAUAAUUUAACUAGUCAUCAAAAACAUAAGCAAUCAGCUUUAGAAAAACGGCCAAGCUCUAGUCUGGGACUGCCUGAAGCGAAGAAGAGAAAUACUAGUAACAAGGAGAAUGUGCAAUUUAAAGAUAAAGAUGGAUUUGCGAAGCCCAGGCCGAUCAAACAAUCAUUGACUGGUACACCAAUAAGAAAGUCUUGUAGCUCCCAACAUAUUGACAAGGCUGGCUCUGCUCAGGCAAACAAAACUCCAACAAAACUGUCAGCAAACAUAAAAAGAGCGCAUUCAACGCAAAAUGUCAGCAAAGAGAAGAGUGUAAAAAAUAGAAAGUCUGCCACACCUGAUGUGAUGGCUUAUAAUGCAGAACUCCUGGCAAAUUUUGAAAAGAGGAAGAUAAUGGAGGCAAAGGUUUCUGAACAGAUUCAGAUCAAUGAAAAUCGAAAAAUGGAAAUAGAAAAGUACAAGUAUGAAAUUAGACAGUUAAAGGAACAAAUACCGAGUCAUAAUCUGUUGGAGGAGUUAGACAUUUACAGGUCUCAGAAUGCAUUAAUGAAGGAACAACUCAUGAAAUUGGGGGUAGAGGCUCAGAUUACAGACUGUGAAAAAUUGAGCCUGAUUAAACAUAACCUGGAGGUGGAAUCUGCACUCAAGGCGAGCACUAGCUACGAUAGUCUGUCCACAGACGGGCAGGCCAUUUCAUUGGUGCAGGGAUUGCUUCUUGGUCCAGGCAUGAAAAGGUCUGCUUCCAUUACGAUGUCUGAGCCGGGCAUGUCUUUCAUCGAUUACCACGGAACUGGCGAUGCACUGGAGAUGCAUGGAAAGUGGGACACUCGGAGCAAGAGCAGCGACGCGCUCAGCGACAUAUCUGUGGCAAACCUCACUGAACGCAUCCAGCAAAUGGAGGAGAAUCACUAUAGCACUAAUGAGGAACUGCAAGCCACACUGCAAGAGUUGGGCGAUCUGCAAGAGACUGUCAAUGAGCUCACAGAGGAGAACGAGAGAUUGGCUGAUGAGAGGACCGUGUUGCUGGAGUCACUGUGCACACAGACAGAGAAGCUGGAACACUGCCGUACACAGAUUGAGCACUUGAAGUGCUUGCUGAUCAGCGGUGAUCUGCCAAAUAAGUCGGACAGGGAUCAGCAUUUGUUGGAACUUCUUAAAGGUGCUCAAGAUGAACGCGAGGAGUUUUUAAGGAAGUUAAGGGCAGCUGAAAGUGAGUCCAGAGAAAGUCAGAGGCAUAUGGAGACAGUGAAAGAUAAGGCUCAAAUGUUGGAGGAUAAGUUAAACGAUAUGCGAUCUGAAAAGGGUAAUUUUGAGAAACAGGUUAUGGCACUCAAGGAGGCCUUGUCAAAUGAACAGAUUGAAGUAACACAUUAUAAGACAUUACUUGAAAAUGAAAAGACUAAGGUGCAACAGUUGGAGUCAUAUUGCAAAGUAAAUGAUCAGAGUGAUCUGGAAGAGUUGCUGCAUAGCACAAGGCAAGAGAAAGACAGACUAGAGGUCAGAUUUGCCGAUGUGCAAGAUGCACUGGCCCAUAGUCAGAAUGAAGUAAUGAGGCUAAAAGACCAGUUAAUUACCAAAGAGGAAGAAGUGAAAGUUCAUAGAAACAAUGCCAAAUCCCAGAUUAUCGAUAUGGAAUACAAACUUGAGGUCGCAAAUAAGAACAAGUAUGACUACCAGCAAGAACUGGAAAAUCUGAGAGAGCAUAUCGAACAGUUAGAGCAGAACAGUGAACGAUAUUUCGAAGAGCGUAAGGAGUACACUGCAAAAAUACAAGAGCUUCAAGGUGAGGUAAGCGUGAUGAGGCAGCUAAAAGAUGUUGCUGAGAAUGAACUCCAGGAUCUUAAAAAUACACAUGAAAAAGAGGCAGAAGAAUGGACCCAGUUUCAGAAGGACUUGCAAGUGGCUGUUAGGAUUGCUAAUGAUUUCCGGUCUGAAACUCAGUCUGAUGUUGAAAAAUUGAAAUCAGACAAUGCAAGCUUGAAGGAAAAAUGUCAGACACAACAGUAUGAAAUUGAUAAGCUGAAGGGUGAAAUUGAUACUUAUAAGAUUCAGGAAAAAGCAAAUGCAUCAGUUAAACAAUCUAUAUUGUCAUCAGCUGAAUUGAAAGGAAAAGUCUUCAGUUCUGUUGACAAAGAACUUCUAGGCCUAAGAGAUGGGCGGAAGACUGGUGACAAGUCACAAACUCUUUCAGUCAAGAACUUGAUCCGUUCCAUAGAGGAGCAAGUGAAAAGUGGUUGCUCAUCAAUACAUUCUAGUUCAUGUAGCUCACGCAGAAAUUCAGACUCUGAGUCCUCGUUAUUGGGUAUCAGAGACUUCAAUGAAAUCCUGAAAUCUCCUGGGUCCCCUGUUGGAGACCAAGGGCUUUUGUCACCAGAAUAUGGUACCCCGCUACGUUCAGCCUUGAAACGAGAACGCCCGUCCCCCCUGCUGAGACAUUCCAUGAAUUUUGAGGCCCCAAGCUCUCCAGGUGUAGAAACCCCCAAGUCUGCGCCUCCCAUUUCUAGAGCUGAGCCUUCACCAUCCCUGUCCAGCUUAUUGACCAGUAGAACUCCGUCUCGAAGAAGUAGUGGUGUCAAUCUUGAGAUGGGAACAGCUGAAAGGAAGGAGGGAACCAAACAGGACCCACUGUCUCGACUUGCCAAGUCUUUCAAAGGAUCACGUAGAAAUGCAUUGCUCAAAUGGUGCCAGCAGAAGACAAUCACUUAUAGUAACGUUGAUAUCACCAACUUCAGUAGCAGUUGGAAUGAUGGGCUGGCCUUCUGUGCAUUGAUACAUAGCUACCUGCCAGAGAGGAUACCAUAUGGAGAGUUAAACUCGGAGGAUAAGAGACGCAACUUUACUUUGGCCUUCAAUGCUGCUGACAGUGUGGGAAUCUCUUCAACACUAAACAUCAACGACAUGGUUGCCAUGGAGAGGCCGGACUGGCAGGCUGUGUUCAACUACGUCACUGCAAUCUACAAACACUUUGAAGUCGACCACAAGCCUCUUCCAUAGCCUUUCCCUUCAUUAAGAGUUCUGUUCACAAACCACAUCUACAGACAUAUUUGCCUUAUACCAACUGUUGAUGUUAAGUAUGAGCCUUGAUGUGGGACAAGGGGACUAAUGCAUGUGUGUAAAGUGUCCUACCAGGAUAGUCUGUGCAGUCCUACUAGGGUAGUCUGUGCAGUCCUACCAGGGUAGUCUGUGCAGUCCUACCAGGGUAGUCUGUGCAGUCCUACCAGGGUAGUCUGUGCAGUCCUACCAGGGAAGUCUGUGCAGUCCUACCAGGGUAGUCAGUGCAGUCCUACUAGGGUAGUCUGUGCAGUCCUACCAGGGUAGUCUGUGCAGUCCUACCAGGGUAGUCUGUGCAGUCCUACCAGGGUAGUCUGUGCAGUCCUACCAGGGUAGUCUGUGCAGUCCUACCAGGGUUGUCAGUGCAGUCCUACCAGGGUAGUCUGUGCAGUCCUAUCAGGGUAGUCUGUGCAGUCCUACCAGGGUAGUCUGUGCAGUCCUACCAGGGUAGUCUGUGCAGUCCUACCAGGGUAGUCUGUGCAGUCCUACCAGGGUUGUCAGUGCAGUCCUACCAGG